AUGGCGGCCAUGAUGGAGGAGGAGGUGCCGGAUCAGAUGGGCAUCGACGACCAGAGUGCCCACCAGAUUGGCGUCGGGUCGAAGAAGAUGGCCAUGCCGCCGGCGGAGAAGGUGAUCGUGGUGGACGCCAACCCCUCCAAGAACGGGCACGGGGACAAGUUUGAUGACCUGCCUGUCGCCGAUGAAACCUCACACCAGAUUGGCGUUGAUCCAUGGUACCAGGUGGCGUUCGUGCUGACCACCGGGGUGAACAGCGCCUACGUGCUGGGCUACUCGGGCUCGCUGAUGGUCCCGCUGGGCUGGGUGGGCGGCUCCGUGGGCCUCCUCCUGGCCGCCGCCGUGUCCAUGUACGCCAACUCGCUGCUGGGCCGCCUCCACCUCCUGGGCGGCAAGCGUCACAUCAGGUACAGGGACCUCGCCGGCCACAUCUACGGGCCCAAGAUGUACAAGAUCACCUGGGCGAUGCAGUACGUCAACCUCUUCAUGAUCAACACAGGCUUCAUCAUAAUAGCAGGGCAAGCACUCAAGGCACUGUAUUUGCUGAUCAGUACCGACGGGGCUAUGAAGCUGCCCUACUGCAUCGCGGUGUCCGGGUUCGUGUGCGCGCUCUUCGCGUUCGGGAUCCCGUACCUGUCGGCCCUGAGGAUCUGGCUGGGCUUCUCCACCAUCUUCAGCCUCACCUACAUCUUUGCAGCCUGCGUGCUGUCGCUCAAGGACGGCUUCCGCUCGCCGCCUCGGGACUACAGCAUCCAAGGAGAACCGUCGAGCAGGGUGUUCACCACCAUCGGCGCGGCGGCGAGCCUGGUGUUCGCCUACAACACCGGCAUGCUGCCGGAGAUCCAGGCCACCGUGCAGGCGCCCGUGGUGAAGAACAUUGAGAAGGCGCUGUGGUUCCAGUUCACCGCCGGCUCCGUGCCCCUUUACGCCAUUAUAGUCAUCGGCUACUGGGCCUACGGCAACCAGACCACCACCUACCUGCUCAACAACGUCACUGGGCCCGUGUGGAUCAAGGCCGUUGCCAACCUCGCUGCCUUCCUCCAGACAGUCAUAGCACUACACAUCUUCGCGUCGCCCAUGUACGAGUACCUGGACACCCGGUUCGGGAGCAAGGUGGGAGGCCCGUUCGCGAUGCACAACGUGAUCUUCAGGGUCGGGGUGAGGGGAGGGUACCUGGCCGUCAACACGCUCAUGGCGGCGGCGCUGCCCUUCCUUGGGGACUUCAUGAGCCUCACGGGGGCGCUCAGCACGUUCCCGCUCACCUUCGUGCUCGCCAACCACAUGUACCUCGUCGCCAACAGGCAGCGUCUCUCCUCGCUGCAGAAGUCAUGGCACUGGCUCAACAUCGUCUUCUUCACCGUCCUCUCCAUCACCGCCGCCGUCGCCGCGCUCAGGCUCAUCGCCCGCGACUCCAAAACGUACCAUAUCUUCGCCGAUGUCUGA